AUAUGUGAGAAGGUGAUGGCUCAGUGGAGUCCUGGGGAGGGAGCUGCAGCCAAAGGGACUUUCUGUGGGGGUGGCAGGAAGCCUGCUUCUCUGAAGACUCUUCCUUACACCUGUUCCUGCCUACCAGGUCACAGCCCCUGGAGGCCUGAACAACCAUGUGCUUCACCCAGGUGUUGAGAGCAGGCAGAAGUCUGACUGAGGUUUUAUGACUCAAAAUGCGCCAGAUGGUGGACAGUUUCUGUAACAAUUCAGCCUGACAACAUCAACCAGAAGAACGAGAGCAGGAGCAGUUAGCAGUACUGCAGCUGGAGGACAACUUCAAUUAGGCCUUGCUCAAAGCUGGGGAUCUGCAUUAUCAGAAUAGCAAUCAGGACUCCACUCCAUUACUUCCCGAGGUGUAGCAGGAACUGGGCUCCAGGGUCUGGAGGUCCUCUGUCCUUUCCCUGGAAGACUGGAGUCCUGAGGGCUGCUAUCCCAAGGAGUCCUUUUGUAACCGAGCCCUGAGGUCCUUUCAAAGGCUGCUGGGCCGCCUCUGGCAGAAGUGGCAGGCCGCGAUGGCUUGGUUGAAGAAGACCCUGGCUGCUGGCAUGCAGGCCCUUUGCAAGGUGGUGGAGGCCAUCUGGAGUGUGUUUAACGAUUUCUGCUCCUUCAUGGCACAGGUCCUCAGGAGCGCCAUCCAGGCCUAGCGAAACCCCCUGACCGGUAUCCUUCCCCAGGUCUGGCCCAUCACUGUGGCUAUGGUGUCUUAAUAAAAGUUGGUCGAACCCAGUGGAAUGCCUGUGGUGUCAGGAGCAGGGGGCACCAGUGGAUGGGAGGGGACAUGUGUCACGUGGACCCGAACUGGGGUCCACCUGACCGCUCUAAAUCUGUACGUGGGACACUGGUGUCACAACUGGUCACGGACUUGUGGAGAGGACUGGAAGGCCGAUGCCUUGCCUGAUGCGUAGUAGAGACUCAGUAAAUGGUGCUCCCAGAGCAGCAGGGAGCUCAGGCCUGAGGAGCUUUCAGCCCUCGUUUCUUCUCCUGACCCGGGUCUUCAUCGUUCGCUGGGCCACAGAAGCUCCUCGGUCUUCCUUCCAAGAUCAGAGG